AUGGCAUGUGGCGGACACAUGCAAUACAGAUGGAUUAGUAGGACAGUUUCACCCAAGUUCGUGGUGCAGAACUUGGGUCAUGCACAAGAUCGAUCUAUGCUCCAGGAAUUCUGGAGAAAUGAAUUGGCGGAAGAUGCGGAGGAUAUAGAUGAACGAAGAAUGCUCCAACUAUAUGAGCAGCGACAAACGGUCGAUGCAGCGGGGAAAAAAGGUUUGUCACCACUUCAGAAAUGCACAGCAACUAUUCGUCAAUUGACGUAUGGAGCCCCUGCUGAUCAUUAUGAUGAGUAUCUACGGAUUGCUGAAACAACUGCCACCCAUUGUUUAUUCAACUUUUGUCGAUGUGUAAUUGAAGUGUUUGGGGCCCAAUAUUUAAGAAGACCUAAUGCUGCUGAUAUCCAACACUUGCUUGAAAUGCAUGAGCAGAGACAUGGUUUCCCUGACAUGUUGGACAGUCUUGAUUGUAUGCAUUGGCAAUGGAAAAUUUGCCCCGUCGCUUGGAAAGGGUCACGCAAUGAUAUCAAUGUGCUUAAUGAAUCACCGUUAUUCAACGACGCCUUACAAGGGAAUGCACUCGAGGUUAAUUUCACGAUUAAUAAUACACAAUAUACAAAAGGAUACUACCUGACCGAUGGGAUAUAUCCAGAAUGA